AGCUUUCGUUCGGCGCCACGUAUUAUAUGACAUGUCUAAGUUGUUGAUAGCUUGUGUCGAAAUUCGAGUUUCAAAGAUCGAACGCUAGGUUGUUUGCUUUGGUUGCUGCGACUCUUGUUGCCGCGUGGUUGUCUUCUACCCUGUUCUAUAGUCGCAGCGUUUAUGAGGGAGCUUGUCUAAGGGGAGUUUUCUGCUCUCCAUCACGAAAUGUUGGUGUGUAGCGGUGGUUUUCGGUUCUUGGCUAUCGUGAUCUGGCUGUCGAAGCGUUCGUGCUAGCGUCCGUUCCCUCGGUGAAGUCUCUUCGCAACCACGCAAAACCAAAAGACGCUGUGAAAUGUCAUACUUUAGAAAUUGGCAGAAAGAUAAAGCAAGCCCAGGAGAUCCCAGAUUCAGAUUCAAGAGAGACCUUUGGUUGAGCCCGAAUCGCUACAAAGACUACAGUCACAAGAACGAAGACUAUUCCUGGGAGGUUUUUAAGCUUCCAGGAUCCAACAGUGUGGAUCCCAAAACGGCAGACUCUCGGAACUGGAGAAUGCCUAGUGUUCCCCUACCUAGCCCGAGCUAUUCUACGGGGCGGCACACACCGUACUAUACUCACCCAGAUGUACGGAUUUACGAACUCAACCGGCGACUACAACAGAGGACGGAGGAGAGUGACAACCUCUGGUGGGAUUCCUUUGUCACCGAAUUCUUUGAAGAAGAUGCUACUUUAACAUUGAACUUUUGUUUAGAAGAUGGACCAAAAAGAUAUACAAUUGGGAGAACACUUAUUCCUCGAUAUUUUAGGAGUAUAUUCGAAGGAGGAGUUACAGAGUUGUACUAUCACCUACUCCAACCCAAGGAGUCGUAUCAUAAUACUACAAUCACAUUAGACUGUGAAAAUACAACUAUGAUAACCAGUCAUAUUAAACCUGUUUAUACCAAGGUUUGCACAGAAGGGCGGCUGAUACUGGAGUUUACCUUUGAUGACAUGAUGAGAAUACGCAACUGGCAUUUUACCAUAAUGCAGCAUAGAGAGAUGAUACCACGUAACGUUGUAGCUAUGCAAGACCCAGGCAUGUUGGAGCAGGUUUCCAAAAACGUCACACGCCAGGGGAUGACUAAUUUUACUCUUAAUUACUUAAGACAAACCCAAGAAUCUUCUUACGAAGAAAAGAUCCGAGAAUUAUGUGUUAUAUUAGAACCAAUGCAAGAGCUUAUGUCAAGGCAUAAAACAUACAACAUGAACCCGAGAGACUGUUUAAAGUCAACAUUAUUCCAGAGAUGGCAAAGGAUGUGUGCUCCACCAGAAUAUGGCCAGGAAAUGCUAUGGCCACCGAAUACACCAAGUGCUCCAGGUACCCCAGCGCCCAAGGAAUAUGGUCAAGAAAUGAUUUGGCCCCCAAACGCGCCCACGCCACCGGCACCCAAGGAAACCCCUCGACCCCGUACUCGACGCAAACGCAAAUCUUCAUCAACACCUAAUGCAUCGACACCCACUUCAUCAGGAAAUAGCCACUCAAAGAAGAAGUCUCCUACAGCUUCAAAUUUCUCGCUCGCAACACAAGAUGUAAUGGUUGUAGGGGAACCCUCACUUAUGGGAGGAGAAUUUGGUGAUGAGGAUGAGCGCCUUAUCACAAGACUUGAAAACACCCAGUUCGACUCCACCAAUGGCGUAGGAGAGGAUGCACCGUUCGGGUCCAGUCCCAUCAAUUCGUCCUCGCCCAGCAUACCAGGGUGGUCCUCCAGCGGUCGGAAACCGAACCAAGACGAAACGGCUGGCGACUGACUGCUAAACAAGAGAGCUGCUCUCUUGAUGUGAACAAUAUAAAGUAUUUGGCUAAUGUGUUGUACGCUGAACCGAACCAAGACGAAACGGCUGGCGACUGACUGCUAAACAAGAGAGCUGCUCUCUUGCUGUGAACAAUAUAAAGUAUUUGGCUAAUGUGUUGUACGCUGACACUGCUUUGUGCCGCGGGCUUUAGGCCAGAUCGCCACAGGAAACCCAUGGACUAGUUUGGACAUGGCCAUGGAGAUUUUUAAAGGACUCAAUCUCGCUUGUUUUAAUUAUACGUGCAUUUUACCAAAGUUAAGAUGAAGAGACUAUGUAGAUACACUCAGGCAGACUAUAUACUGUCGGUCUGUGAAGUGUAUGUAAAGUAAAUGUUAUAAGUUAUGCCAA